AUGGUGAAAACAUCAGAGACAAUAAAAAAUCUCAAAGACAAGGUAAACUGGAGGUUUGGAAUCCCAGAAAAUCUUCAGCUGCUCUUUUUUAAUGGUGAUAUUCUUAGGAAUGGCCAAAGACUUGUUGAUUAUGGUAUUCAUAAAGAUUCCAAUGUUCUUAAUCUUGUUAUUAACAACUUUGUUGGGAUCAAAAUAUCCAUCAAACUGCCAUGGAACCCGGUCACCAUGGUUGUGGAAGCAAAGGCUGAAGAAACUGUUCGACAUAUCAAAUCGAUUAUCAAGAACAAGGAAGGGAUUAAACUGGAGCAGUUCACUCUAGUUUAUGAAGGAAAAUUGCUUGAAGAUGAUAGCAGAACACUGGAAUCACUUAACAUUGAGAGUGAAGCAACAUUUCAUGUGGUUUUGAACCCAAAAGAUAAGCUUUCAAUUCGCAUAAAAAUGAUGCCAACCAAAGAGAUUAUCAAAAUACAAGCAAAGGCUUUGUUUACUGUCAGUGAUGUGAAAUCCGUAGUUUGGAGCAUUGUUGGUGUAUCAGAAAGUGAUCAGAAUCUGAUCCAUGAUGGAAAAAUUCUUGAAGAUGACAAGACCUUGGCUUUCUAUGAAAUCGAGGAUGAAUCUGUUUUGGUGAUGUUUUAG